GCUUUAAUUCCUAUCCAAUCCACCACAAAUUUCCAACUCAUGCCAUCUUGGGACUAGGAAGUCAGUUGCCUCCGCUCACUACAUUUCUCUUUGGGACCGUGAAGCCUCUCUUAUUCAACUAUCAACUAUUUCAAGUGGUUCGGCUUCAAAGGUCCCACUCCAUCUGGUUGGCCUUGCUGUGCGUGCGCGUGUGCGACUGUCUGCGUUGCCUUCCCCUCCUGUAAGCUCCCCACCCGCCCUUUUCCUUGUCCCCCAUCAAUAGAAAGGUAGAGCCAAAUAACAACAUCGACCGACUUCACCCAAUAUAGAUUUUUUCAGUCUGUUCUGCUCCUCAGAGGUAACAACGAGAAAGCAAUCUUUUUUGAUAUCAAUUGCCUGUUCUUUUAUUGAUUGUGUCUUCGUUUCUUUUUUCCUUCCAUUUUGUAUGCAUCUUCGAGCUGGGGUAUUGUUAUAUUGUGAAGAGCGUAGGUUUUUUCUUCAGUUUAAGCCACUGGAUCUUGUUGACAUGACAUGAACUUUAGUGGGGAAUUGCUUCGAAUGGUUGCUCUUACUUUUGGUUUUGAUGGGUUUGUGGGAAGUCUUUUGGGGGUGGAAGGGGAAAUCAAUUUCUGUGUUAGCUUGAAGCGAUUCUCGUGGUGAGUGAGUGAUUUGAUAUUUCAUGUGUGGUUGAUGACAACAAGGAGGAUAUUAUGGACCUACUAUUACUACCUUUUCUUACUCUAUAGCAUUAGUUAGUACACCUUCCAGAAACACCAUGAAGAACAUUCUAAAGAAGCUGCAUAUUAUGCCCAACCAAUCGGAAGAUACUGAUGGGUCUACAUCGUCGAGGGGUCAUAGGUUGAGUGAUGAUUCCACAGGGAGAGCUUCACCAUCUCGGGCGUCUCCAUCUCACCAUCAUCAUCAUUCUGAGCAGAAACCGUUCUCAAGUAUUUCUGGGUGGUUGAAUUCUGUUACGAGUAGACAUAGUCCUAGUCCUCCGUCGUCUUCAAAUGCAGGGAGAGGAGAGAGAAGAGACCCUUUGGAUUCUUUGAGUAGCAGCAGCUUGGAUUUUUUGUCUGAUGCAGUGAGGAGGGAUUCGAGUUCAAGCAAUUCAAGGGAUCCUGGGAUGGACGAGGAAUAUCAAAUACAACUGGCGCUGGAAUUGAGUGCACAGGAAGAUCCUGAGGCGGUUCAGAUUGAGGCUGUAAAGCAAAUCAGUCUGGGCUCAUGUUCUUCCCAGAACACUACUGCAGAAGUUGUUGCCUAUAGAUAUUGGAAUUACAAUGCUCUUGGAUAUGAUGACAAGAUCUUGGAUGGUUUCUACGACCUAUAUGGCAUUUUGGCUGAGUCCACUUCAGAGAAGAUGCCUUCCCUUGUUGAUUUGCAAGGAGCACCAGUCUCAGAUGGUAUUAGUUGGGAAGCAGUGCUGGUAAAUAGGGCUGCUGAUGUCAACCUGUUAAAACUUGAGCAAAAAGCCCUGGUAAUGGCUGUUGAGUCUAGGUCGGGACCUCUUGAUUUUAUGGGUAGUGAUUUGGUGAAAAAACUUGCUGCUUUAGUUGCUGACUACAUGGGUGGACCAGUUGGGGAUCCAGUCAACAUGUUGAAAGCAUGGAGAAAUCUUAGUAAUCGUUUAAGAACAACUGUUGGGAGCAUGGUGCUGCCUCUUGGUUCUUUAACUAUUGGUUUAGCUCGUCAUCGGGCAUUGCUGUUUAAGGUUUUGGCUGAUAGUGUGGGCAUUCCAUGCCGGUUAGUGAAAGGGUUGCAAUAUACCGGUUCAGAUAAUGUGGCAAUGAAUAUUGUAAAGGUUGAUGAUGGAAGGGAAUACAUUGUUGAUCUGAUGGCAGACCCUGGCACACUAAUCCCAUCUGAUGCUGGAGGAACACAAAUAGAAUAUGAAGAACCUGUCUAUGCAGUCAGUCCCUUUCUUAGGGACAUUGACUAUUCUCAUGUAGCCUCCUAUAGCAGUGGUGCUACAAGUUCAAUUGGAGGUUGUUCAGAAUUUGGGCCAUUGAACAAGAAAUCUGGGUCUUACAUUCUUGCCUUUCAAGAAAAUGAAUCAGAUAAGAAAGGUGGCUCGGGUGAGGUUGAAAGUUCUGAGAACACAGGGGUGGGGUCUUCCCAAGAAUGUUUGCCCACUGUGGUAAAAGAUGAGGUGGUAUCAAAGUUGUCUGAUGAUCACAGAGAUCACUACAAGAUUGAGAAAUCACCUGCUCCCAUAAAGCCUAAUCAUCCUUAUAUGCAUGCAAGAUCUCCUUCCUGGACUGAAGGUGUUAGUUCUCCUGCUGUGCGUAGGAUGAAAGUGAAAGAUGUUUCACAGUAUAUGAUUGAUGCUGCCAAAGAGAACCCACAAUUAGCUCAGAAGCUUCAUGAUGUUUUGCUAGAAAGUGGUGUUGUUGCACCCCCCAACCUAUUCUCUGAAAUUGAUACUGAGCAGCUAGAUCCCUUGGCAAUUGAGGCCAAGAAGCAGAAGGAUGACAAAGAAGGAAAGAAAAAGAGAAGGAAUGGAACCAGAAAUAAGGAUCAGACUGAUAUCAGUCCUGGUCAGGUUUUUCCACCUCUGCCUUGUCAUGAUAUACAAUCAAAAUCUAGUCCUGGCAUACAUCUGGAACAUCCCAAGUGUGUGGAGGGUUUGGGUGUUAGUCGUCCAUUGGAUGUAGGGGUAGGGACUGGACCAUCUUAUACAUCAGAGUCUGAGCUAUCUGCUGCUUCAGCUAAGGACACUUCCCCGGCAAAAUUUGUAAAACAUGUUCCUGUAGCUGCUGCUGCUGCCGCAACAGCAGCUGUUGUUGCAUCUUCAAUGGUAGUUGCUGCAGCCAUGUCAAACUCAGAAGCAAACCUUGGAGUUCCUGUAACAGCAGCAGCCACUGCUACUGCUGCAGCUGUAGUAGCAACAACUGCAGCUGUCAGUAGGCAAUAUGAGCAAUUAGAGUCCUAUCCCCACUUGCCUAACAAUGCAUCAUCCUUGAAUCAAAUAGAGUUUAGGCAGAAAGAUGGUGUUGCAGAUAGAACAGGGAAUGAACCACAAGGAAGUGACCGGGAGAAUAGUGAUUCUGCAGUUCAUCCAGAAGCAGAAAGAAGCUCAGAUAGAUCAGCAGGUAAUGAUAGUGCAAAAUCUGACAUUGCUCUUGAUGAUGUGGCAGAGUGGGAAAUCCCAUGGGAGGAAAUCACCUUGGGUGAGCGUAUUGGAUUGGGGUCAUAUGGAGAGGUUUACCGUGGAGAAUGGCAUGGAACUGAAGUUGCUGUAAAAAAGUUCUUAGACCAAGAUAUUUCUGGUGAUGCACUUGAAGAAUUCAGAAGUGAGGUCCGGAUCAUGAAAAGACUUCGGCAUCCUAAUGUUGUUCUUUUCAUGGGAGCUGUAACUCGUGCUCCGAAUCUUUCAAUUGUUACGGAAUUUCUUCCUAGAGGUAGUUUGUAUAGGUUAAUUCACCGGCCUAACAAUCAAUUAGAUGAACGGAGGCGUUUGAGGAUGGCCUUAGAUGUUGCCCGAGGAAUGAACUAUCUACACAAUUGCACACCUGUAAUUGUUCAUCGUGAUUUGAAGUCUCCAAAUCUUCUUGUAGAUAAAAAUUGGGUUGUAAAGGUUUGUGAUUUUGGGUUGUCAAGAAUGAAGCACAAUACAUUUCUUUCUUCAAGGUCAACUGCUGGGACGGCUGAGUGGAUGGCUCCUGAAGUGUUAAGAAAUGAACCUUCUGACGAAAAGUGUGAUGUGUAUAGCUUUGGUGUCAUAUUAUGGGAGCUCUCUACACUGCAACAGCCAUGGGGAGGAAUGAACCCAAUGCAAGUUGUUGGGGCUGUUGGGUUUCAGCAUCGCCGCCUUGACAUUCCUGAUGAUAUGGAUCCAAUUGUUGCUGAUAUCAUUCAAAGGUGCUGGCAAACGGAGCCUAAAAAACGACCUACAUUUUCAGAGAUCAUGGCAGCACUGAAGCCAUUGCAAAAGCCUGUAACAAGCUCACAAGUACCAAGACCAAGGGCACCAAUUAACAGUGUCCAGGAGAAAGGAGAGCCCUCACAGGGAACAUAAGACCCAGCAGGCUGAAGGAGUCGAGUAGGAAUUAAAUUGAGCUAUGGCCUGAUUGAUGUGGCAACUCAGCAGUGAAUGUCAAAGGACAAAGGCAAGGAUUGUCCUGCAAUAUGGGGGCCGACGCAAGUGAUUGGCCAGAUUGUGAUUGACAUACUCCAUUUUGGAAAGAUAGAAUGAAUUCUUGUAGAAUUCUCUUUUUUCUUUGUUCUUUGUUUUUCACUUUUUUAUUCUUGGCUUAGUUGUGGGUCCUUGUCAAAAUUGUAUAUUUGAUUGUAAUCAAUGGAAAUUUGUUCAAUCGAGGUUUGGGUUGAUUUAUCUUC